UCAACAGUUGUGUCUGCUGAACGCGGCCAAUACGUAGUGUGACACGGACUUUAGACACUGCUGAGGUGGGAUUAGUGGGAACCGUUGAAACAAAUAAACAUUGGAUCGGCGGUCGCUCGCGAGCUCGGCGCAUUUCGUGAGUGACAUCGUUCGAAGAAACGUCUCAUUGUCUGUUUAGCUCGUUCGAAGUGUCCGCAUCUGUAGGAACAGUAUGGCAACGAAUGACAUGUUGAGUCCGUCACUGCAAGAACUGGACACCAAGAGUUACACGCAAAUGAUAAAGAUAAAUGUAGACGAGUUUAGCUACUCGUGGACGAUAAAAGACUUCAGUUUACAUUGCAAUAAGGAGAGGACGACUCGGGUGCUUAUGUCGCCCAUAUUCUCAAUAAACAACGAAUCGAAAUGGCGUUUGAAAUUGUUCCUUAACGGUGUGGAUAAGGAGAGCGAAGGCUACAUAUCGCUGUUUCUCCGUCUCGUUUCGUACAAGAAAGCCAAAAUUGAAGUAAAAUACGAAUUUUCCAUAAUUGAUGCCGAAAGAAGAAACCUGAACUUACGGCGCCUCAAACAUGCUACGGAAAUGGCCAGGCAAACCGAAAUCGGAUGCAAUUUCAUCAACGUCGAUGCUCUUCUAUGCGACGACAACCUGCUACCAAACGACACACUCGCGAUAUUGUGCAAGAUCACCGUAGCCGGGAAAAUCAAUACGAUGUCGCUUGCAGUGCCAGAGUUCCAGCUGACCAAGAAUCUUGAGCUGUUGCUCGACAAUAAGAAGUUUUGCGACGUAACGCUCGUCGUCCGCGAACAGGAGUUCCAGGCGCACAAAGCAAUUCUCGCGGCACGAAGUCCCGUCUUCUCGGCGAUGUUUGAGAAGAUGCAAGAGACGGAGGAAAAUCGCGUGGACAUCGAUAUGGACGCCGACAUCUUUAAGGACCUAUUGCGAUUUAUUUACACAGAAACGGUGGAGAAUCUGGAGACGAUGGUGUACGGAAUGUUCGCCGCGGCGAGUACGUACGAGGUGAAAAGGCUGAAGAUGAUAUGCGAGGAUGUACUUUGCAGGGCUGUGACUAUUGAAACCGCGGCCCAUAUUCUCACAUUAGCCGAUCUCCAUAGCGCCGAUCGGCUGAAGACACAUGUGAUUAACUUCAUGAAUACGUACGCGAAUGUGGUGCACACGGCAGACUUCAAGUCCAUGAUAAACACACACCCGCGGCUACUAGCAGAAGCUUACCAGGCUAUGCUGCUAAGCAAGGCAUCAACCUGCCAAUCUGUAACGGAAAGAUGUGCAAGGGUGGAAGCGCUCGCCGAUAACGACAGGUCCGCCAGUUUCUCAAUUCUCUGGUAAAGGAAAAAUCGACAACGAGGACUAAUGGGGGAAGGAACCGAGGAGGAAGAAGAUUGUCUUGUGCGUUCAGUUGAUCGAAGAUACCAAUUUUUUAUUUCUACAACGAUAAUCAUUAUAAUGAUAAUUUAAUUUUAUCUUUUCUCUUGUAUGUUUGUAAAAUAUAAAAUGUUUCAACGUGGCGAACGGUGGUGUCUGGUGCCUCGCACCGGAACGUCGCAUUGUGAAACUGUGCAAUUCACAGGCUUGUUUUUUUUUUAUUGCUGCACUGGCGAACUAGUGCAAUGAGAGUAAAGCUGGCGCUACAUUAUGCGCAAUUCGUAGUUUAUUAUUCGUAAUUUGUCACUUGUUUCGUUCG